ACUUACCCGGCUUCGGAUUAAAGAUGGCGGACCAGAGUGAGACAGCAGCGGAUGAUCGGCUGGAGGAGGAUGAAAAUGGACACGGACACUGCAGCGACUGCGAAAAUGAGGAGAAGCACAGCUAUAACAGAGGUCUGGGCGAUGAGAGUGGAGGGAAGAAGAAAAAGAAGCAAAAGCGGAAGAAAGAAAAGAGCGGAGGAGACAAACUAGAAGCUGCCGAAGCCCAGGUGAACACACUGCCUGCCGAGAGAAUACAAGAAAUCCAGAAGGCCAUUGAGUUGUUUUCCGUUGGCCAAGGACCUGCUAAGACCAUGGAAGAGGCCAGCAAGAGAAGUUACCAGUUCUGGGACACCCAGCCUGUUCCUAAGCUUGGAGAAGUGGUGAACACACACGGCCCCAUUGAGCCAAAUAAGGACAAUAUCCGCCAGGAGCCAUAUACCCUCCCACAGGGCUUCACCUGGGACGCUCUGGAUUUGGGGGACAGGGUGGUGCUGAAGGAGCUUUACACUCUACUUAACGAGAACUACGUGGAAGAUGACGACAACAUGUUCCGCUUUGAUUACUCCCCUGAAUUCCUGCUCUGGGCACUGAGACCUCCUGGAUGGCUUCCCCAGUGGCACUGUGGUGUAAGAGUGAUUUCCAGUAAGAAGCUGGUGGGAUUUAUUAGUGCAGUCCCAGCUGCAAUGCAUAUCUAUGACAUAACCAAAAAAAUGGUAGAGAUCAACUUCCUCUGUGUCCACAAGAAACUGCGCUCUAAGAGGGUGGCGCCUGUUCUGAUCCGUGAAAUCACGCGCCGCGUCAACCUCGAGGGAAUCUUCCAGGCCGUCUACACAGCGGGAGUGGUACUGCCCAAACCUGUGGCUACCUGCAGGUACUGGCACAGAUCGCUUAACCCACGCAAGCUGAUCGAGGUGAAAUUCUCUCAUCUCAGCCGUAACAUGACCAUGCAAAGAACCAUGAAGUUGUACCGGCUGCCUGAGACUCCUAAAACAAGUGGCCUAAAGCCCAUGGAAGUCCGGCACAUCCCGGCUGUGCACAAGCUUGUGUCUCAAUACCUCUCGCAGUUUAACCUGGCCCCCGCCAUGGACGAGGAGGAGGUCCGGCACUGGCUGCUCCCCCAGGAGAACAUCAUCGACACAUACGUAGUGGAGACACCAGAGGGCGAGCUGACGGACUUACUGAGCUUCUACACUCUCCCCUCCACCAUCAUGAACCACCCCACGCACCAGAGCCUGAAAGCCGCCUACUCCUUCUACAACGUUCACACCAAGACUCCUCUGUUGGACCUCAUGAAUGAUGCACUGAUUCUGGCUAAAUCUAAAGGGUUUGAUGUGUUUAAUGCCCUUGACCUCAUGGAGAACAAAACCUUUUUGGAGAAGCUAAAGUUUGGUAUUGGGGAUGGAAAUCUGCAGUAUUACCUGUAUAAUUGGAAAUGUCCCAGCAUGGGGUCUGAGAAGGUGGGUCUGGUUCUACAGUAAUCCACGUCCCCUUUUCCCCCACGUCUGAAGUGGAUUAGGAAUUCUCUGCGCUGCCGACUGCUCCCCAUGGGGCCACAGGAGAGUCCGAUCUUGGAACCGAGAAGUUUAUUGAUUCUGGAGCACAUCCUACUGUAUUGGGGUGCAGGAAUGGGGAUAGGGAGGGGCAGAGGGGGUUGUUCCCUCCUCCUAUAGAUUUGGUUUGUUUUCUGGAAUUUCUAUCACCACUCCAACCCCUGCUGUGAAUACGACUGCUCCCAUUUUCCCUCCCCCGGCUGAUUUGAGGCGUCAUGGCUGAAUAUUAAAGUGUAUAUUAUAUAAUAUAUAUAUAAUAUAUGUACAUUGGUGCCUGUGCUUGAUCUCGUGACUUACAACGUUUCUAAAAGGUCGCCAUGUCCUAAAAUCGAAAUGAACCUGUGGCAGCCAUAUUGAAGGGGGCGUGGCCUGCUACCCAGAGUGGGGGUUGCUUAAAAUAAAUCGCGUUUUAAAAUGUUUGCUUUUUUUUUUUUUAUUAAGUUAAAUGCUUGUUACUAAAUAAAUGAUGAACAUUUGCA